AUGACGGAGUGGACCCUGCUAAAACGUCUCCUGGAUGCUGUCCACCAGCACUCCACCAUGAUUGGUCGCCUGUGGCUCACCGUCAUGGUCAUCUUCCGGUUGCUCAUUGUGGCCGUUGCAACCGAGGACGUGUACACUGAUGAGCAAGAGAUGUUUGUGUGCAACACCAUGCAGCCUGGAUGCUCCACGGUCUGCUACGACGCAUUCGCGCCCAUCUCGCAACCUCGCUUCUGGGUGUUCCAUAUCAUCAGCGUCUCCACGCCAUCCCUCUGCUUCAUCAUCUACACGUGGCACAAUUUGUCCAAGCUGCCCCACAACACCACCCAGAGGAAAGGGCAAGGACUGGGGGAUAUCCCAGGGCAGGGAGGCCCAGACGUGGGGUGUGACAGUGGACGGGAGGCAUUCGAUCGAAGCUGCGACUCAGACAGCUGCUCCAUCCGCUCCCAUAAGCAUUUAGGUCACAGCCUGGCAGAUGUGCUUGAGGGCAUCAACACCCAGAGUCUCCAGAGAGGAGACCCCAAGAACAUAGCGUCCUUAAACCAGGAUCAAGCUUGCCCCUUCAGGGAGGGGACUGCAGAGGGUCACGUGGUCUCUGGAGGGGUUCUGUCCAAAUGUUACGUCUUCCACGUGUGUUUACGUGCUGUCCUGGAGGUGGGCUUUGUCCUGGCCCAAUGGAAGCUGUUUGGCUUCCAGGUGCCUGUCCAUUUCCUUUGCACCUCAGCCCCCUGUAGCCAGCCAGUGGACUGCUACGUCUCCAGGCCCACAGAGAAAACUAUCUUCCUGUGCUUCAUGUUUUGCGUUGGGGUUUUCUGUAUCCUUCUCAACCUGCUGGAGCUUAACCACCUGGGCUGGAAGAAGAUCAGGCAGGUGGUGAAGCUGAGGGAGAGGGCAUCGUGGGGAGGUUGCCCAGGAAUGAGGGGGGGGUAUGACACCUUCCCUUCAGACCCAGACAGCCCCUCUCUCACAUCCUCUUUAGGCUUCAGGGACGUGACUAGCACCACCUCCCUGCCCACUUUGGACCUGGUGGUGGGUCACCAGCCAGACUGGACUUGUGCUGCAAACUGUGGCAGCAUGAGGGAGCCUGAGGAGGUCAGAGAGACUAGACUGGAGCAACCAAAGAGACAGGGGUCCCAUAAAGGAGAAAGGCAGCCUCUGAAGAGUAAGAGGGACAUCAGAGGGUCCAAGCAGAGGAGUGCUCAGGUCUGGAUAUAG